UGACGUCACGGACCCGCCCGCCGCACGCACGCGCACUGCGACCAGCAUGAGGGUCGCGGCUUUGAUCAGUGGUGGGAAGGACAGCUGUUACAAUAUGAUGCAGUGCAUUGCUGCUGGGCACCAGAUUGUUGCUUUAGCAAAUCUAAGACCACCUGAAAACCAAGUGGGGUCAGAUGAACUGGAUAGCUACAUGUAUCAGACAGUGGGCCAUCAUGCCAUUGACUUGUAUGCAGAAGCCAUGGCUCUUCCCCUCUAUCGCCGAACCAUAAGAGGAAGGAGUGUGGAUACAGGACGAGUGUACUCCAAAUGUGAAGGUGAUGAGGUUGAAGACCUCUAUGAGCUUUUGAAACUUGUUAAGGAAAAAGAAGAAGUGGAAGGGAUAUCAGUAGGCGCUAUUCUUUCUGACUAUCAGCGUGUUCGAGUAGAAAAUGUGUGUAAAAGGCUUAAUCUUCAGCCUUUAGCUUACCUUUGGCAGAGAAACCAGGAAGAUUUGCUCCGAGAGAUGAUAGCAUCUAACAUUCAGGCGAUCAUCAUCAAAGUAGCAGCUUUGGGUUUAAGUCCAGAUAAGCAUCUUGGAAAAACCCUGGAUCAAAUGGAGCCUCAUCUCUUAGAGCUUUCUAAGAAAUAUGGAGUCCAUGUUUGUGGAGAAGGUGGAGAGUAUGAAACGUUCACUUUGGAUUGCCCUCUAUUUAAGAAGAAAAUAAUUGUAGAUUCAUCAGAAGUAGUCAUACAUUCAGCUGAUGCAUUUGCACCUGUGGCUUACCUACGCUUUUUAGAAUUGCAUUUGGAAGACAAGGUGUCCCCAGUGCCUGACAACUACAGAACAUCUAAUUAUAUACACAAUUCUUAAAAAGCAUUUUUGAAUACUGUUUACUAAGCUGCCAUUUCCAUAUGAAAAAAAUUACAUAGCAUUUUCUCAAUUAUGAUGUCCUGCUUUUUCUCAUUACAUUUUUAUCAUCAGAAAAAGUUAAUGGAACCAUUAAUUAAUUGGGGAAAUGUGGAUGCCAUGUUCAUUAUAUUGUCAAGUUACUCAGGAUUCACCCUGACUUUUUGUUAACACAUCCUAUUCAUGUCCUCUAUACUCUGCAGGAUAUGUGCCUUUUUCUUUUUUCUUUUUUUUAACCUUUGCUUCAUAUACCACCCUCACUUCUGUGACAUUUUUUACUUUGAUCACAAUGGUUUGUUUUCCUCUUUGUCUCUUUCCUGCUCUUAUGUCUGCCAGUAAUAUCAUGGUGCAGAAGCAUUUGAAAAAGGAUGAAAAAGCAGUCACUUAGCCAAUCAGAUUUAAUCUAUUGGAUGUCACCAAAGUGCUGUACCAUUUUUGCUCUCAGUAUAUUCAUUGUUUCAACAUUAUUGGGCAAUUAGGAAGACUGUCAUUAACUCUUAUUGGUUACUUUAUAACUGAUUUUUUAAAAGCAACUUUUCAGUAUUACCUGUGCUGAUUUUAGGCAAAUUUUUAAAAAUAGACUUUAUUUUUUAGAGCAGUUUCAGAUACACAGCAAAAUUGAGCAGAAUGUAUAGUUUCCAUAUACACCUGCCCCCACACAACAUAGUCUCCCCAUAAUCAACAUCCCCCACAAGAGUGGUACAUUUGUUACAGUUGAUGAACCUAUGUUGACACAUCAUAAUUACCCAAAGUCCAGUGCCAUGUUUAUUUUCCUUUCUGCAUAAAAAUCCAUAGCAGUGUUAUGUUGUUUUCUAAAUAAAGAAGAUGCUUAGCCAUGAAUGGACAACCAUCUGAUAUGUUGCCCUAACAUCUUUUUUUCAGUCUUGCUCCCAAGACUCCUCUUACAUGUAUUAUUUUCUCCAGUAAUAUAGAAACACUGGAUAUUCUCUUACAAUGCCUUCUGCUUCUCUUCUGCCUUACCUUAGCGUAUUCUUUCUUCUUUGUCUUCCUUUCUUCUUCCAUUUUUUAACUGUUUACAUCCUGCCCAGGAUGCAGGAUUGAAUUCAAAUAUUCUUACACGUUUAGCCACACCCCUGGCCUGCCCUAACACUUUGUUUCUUCUGUGCUUGUGACAGAUAGCUUAAUCAGCUUUAUGUUAUAGUUGUUUAAGGAAUUAUUGUGUCUACUAGGUUUAUAAACUUAUUGAGGAUUAUUCUUUUUUCGUCUUCAUGCUCUCUGUAAUAGCUAUUCAUUCUGCAAUAAGAAUUUUUGAAUUUAACUGAUUAUUAUUUUCAUACUUCAUUUUUUCUUUCUACAGAAUUUUAUAGACAUGUGCUUUCAUUUUAUGUUGCAUACCAUUUAAUGAAAGUCAUUUUUUUCUUUAUUUUUCUUUUAUCUUUGUUGUUGGAGAAAAAUGUCCUGAACACACUGAAAUGUAAAAUACAACCUUUAGAGGGUUUUUUAGUGUAAAUUUGUUAUAACUAAGAUUUUCACUUUGUAUAUAAUAACCCUUAAAUUUUUAACCUAUUUAAAUUUUUCCUUAUUAAAAUCUUAAAUUAUUUAUGUGAGUGUGUCAAGAAUAUCAACUAAACAUGGUAUUCCAAACAAAAUAACUGUAAAAUGGUAUGCUUCAGGUUAAAAAUGGGGAGAUAUAUUAAAAUUUCUUUUGAGGCCCUAACUUUAUUGCUCAUGGCAAACUUGAUGUUAAAAUAUACCAUAGAUCACUACAAUGACAGGCUUGAGAAAAUGAAAAAUACAAAGCUUUACAUAAAUCAGGCAAAAGAUCAUAUUAAAAUGCGUAACCGUUACAGAAGAAUCAAGACUUAUUUUUAACUAUUCAGAAGCUAUUUCUUCUUUAUAUAGUAGUUGUUUUAGAUUUUUUAAGCAGCUUUAUGAUAAACAAUAUUUCAAAUUAAUUAUUGGCAUAGCCGUUGCAUUUAUAAAGAGACAAGGUUCACAGAAAUUUAGCCCCAAUUUUACUAAUGUAUCCUACUAUCACUUAGCACUUAAUUUUAUUUUUAACUGAAAUAAUAAUAUGGGACAAUUACAUAUGUUAUAUACUUAUAGAAGCUCACAUUUUUAGAAGUUAUAACUUAAAAACAGUAUUUCUCAUAGCCCAUUCUUGGUUCUUUCAUUUUAUUUUGCUUUAUUUCAUAAAUAUCAAAUAUACUGAAAAAAAUUAUAACAUUAAACCAUCUCUGUGCUUUUAUUUUUCUUGUCAACAAAUACCUGUGAGCACCUACUCUCUUUAAAAGAACUGUUAGGCCUACAUGUAAUUCACUACAAAUAUGGGCAAAUUACAGUGUAACUAUAAUUAAAGUUAUUGUAGGUAAUCAUUAUUAUGAGUACAGUGACACAUAUCACUGGUUUGGCUAAUCUGGACUGAAGUUAUGGCCUUAAUAUUGAUUCAAGGUGAAAAGUGAUGUGUACGAUAUGAUCCUGUUUUUCUAAAAAAUACUGGUGGAAGCAGGGAGUUUAUAUAUUUAGUUAUAUUUGAAAGAUCAUAGUAAAAGAUGGGCAUAUAUAUAAUAAUCAGACUGAUAACAUUGGUUUCUUUGGGGGAAGCAGACAUGAAGGGGAAAAUACAGAAAAGCUUAAUUCCUUAUAAUUUUUUACUUCAUACAAUGGGUAUAUAGUUUUGAAUUUUAAAAUAUUUGAUUAAGAAAACUAGGUGAGAGAGUGGUAUAGUGAGUUCCAUGAUAAAUAUGUAAAUGUUAUUCUACAACAUUUCAACAGUUUAGGUAGAAGGAGACAUACUAGGGUCCUUUAGAAGUAAGUGAAAAAAUAGAUAUGUGAUGACUAAAAGUAUUUGAAUGGCACGUCUCGAAUAUGCUGUACACAGGAAUGCUCUGACCGCUCUUAGCAACAUGUUUAAAUUUGAGGAUCCCCUCCAUGGAGAUAUGCUGCCACUGUCUUCAUGCCGCCUCAGAAAUACAGGCGUGGGCGAAAGUAGGUUUACAGGUGUUCGUACACGAAACAGAGUUUAUUCUUGUAUUGUUAUUUAUUAAUUAUUGUAUUGUUUUCCAUAUGAAUAACUAUAAACCUACUUUUGCCCACCUCAGUAUGUUCUUACAGAAGAAACAAAGGAAGAAGAUACAGGAUGACUUAUUUACCAACACUUGGUUUAGCACAAUUUCCUAACCCCACCCACCUGCUCCCCAUGUUUGCCCACAGGCCAAAGAGAGAACACUGGUUUGGUAAAAGGGAGCAAGCAUGUAGCGGGCUUUACAACCUAAUUCCAUAAACCUCAAUGCUAUGACUAGGGGGUCAGAUGGAUUAUGCCCUUCGGUAGCACUAAAUUACUGCUGCUACAAAUGUUCAGUGGAGCAGAUUAAUAAACCAGGCAUCAGAUUCACCUACAUUUAAAUAGCUUCUUGACUAAUUCCUGUCCCAAAUGCAUGGAUUCAGUAGUAGCAACAAUGUACCACUGUGUCAGCGAGUCGGGAAUCAAACCGGAUAGUGGAAGAGAAUAUGUGACAGACUUACUAGUUUGGGAGAAGAUAAUAAAAUGGCCCAGUUAACUGAUUUCCUUAUCUACUUUCAAACUCUAAUUGGCUACCUUUGUUUCUUUAAUUUUU